GAUCUACACACGUGGUUAUAAAAUCAGCUGGUUGACAGACUAUUAGUGACAGACGGUGUAUUAAUCGAACGAUGAGUGGUUUUUAAAAGAUAUUUUUUUAUUCUUAAGUAGUGACUGUCAACUAAUAGAUUAUACCAAAAUGAUGACUGAUCUAGAAGAAUCAGAAGUUAGGAAGGUUCAGUCAGAGAAUGAAAAACGUGAUAGCUGUGGGGAGCAACAGGAUUUUUCAGAAGCUGCAAAGAAAUUGGCGGAAGGACUGUUAGGCAUUUAUAAAUUGCCAUUGGAGCAAGUGCAUAAAGAAUUAGCUGAAGUAACAACCAAGCAACAGGCUUUACUUAAUCAAAUGCAAGGAGAGAAUACAAAACUCCAACAAACUGUUGAAGAUGUUGACCUAAACAAAAUGUUUCAAACAGUAAAAGUUUAUCAAGGAAAACUAAUUUCCAUGAAGAAAGAGAUGGCUUCAAUUCAUGAGCGUACAUUCAAAUUAAAAAAACGAGCGUUAAGAUUACAACAAAUAAAGCAAAAGGAGGCCUUGAACAGGGAACAACAGCGGGAGCAAGAAAUUCGUCGUGAACAAGACUUAAUUGGUAAACCUGUAGUAAGUUAAGAAAAAUAACUUGAGUAAAAAAUGACUCAUGACAGAAAAACGAUUUAAAUGUACACGAGAGCAAUAUAUUUAUACAGUCACUGUUCACAUUAAAACUGAUACUUGAUUCAUAUUUUUAUAUAUUACCAAACAAUUUUCCAUUGCCCGGUUGAACUACAUUUUUUAUUAUCUUUACAUAAAGUAUUAAAUGUUGUUUUAGACGGGAAACCAAUUAUCUCUCUCUCUUCUUGUAUCCUAAAAGUAAACGUUGAUUCACGCGUUCCCAGGAAAUACCUAAAAGAUUUUUAUGUGCAAUAAGAAAACGAAAUAUGUUUAUUAUAAAUUUUUACCUAGCAUGGGAACAAAUGAUUUGAUCAAUAAUCGCUACUCCACCAUCUUUGAAUUUGUUUAGUAUAUAAUCUGAUGGAAUGUAUCUUAGUACUGUGUACUCAGUCAAAUAUUCUUUAAGUUCGUUGAAUUCUGUAAAAGAAUUUACUUAGACAAUAAAUUGUGUUAAAUUUAUAUUCCGUGUAAUAUGCCAGAAAAUAAUUUACCACUUUCUAUGGCAUCUGUAGCAACAAACAGAACAAUUAAUCCAAGUUCAUCCAUCUUUUUCCGCAAUUGAGAGGCAGCAGAUUUUAUCGUUGGUACCGUCGAGGAACGACCGACCACGAAAUCGCGUCUUCUUAAAUGACUGGCUAGGUAUGGUCCUCCAAGUGCAUUUCUUCUACUCUGUAAUUAAGUAACUGUAUUAAAUAAUAUUUGCUUAUCUUUCUCUGCUAAUAAAUACCUUCUCUUGAGUCCAGUCAGGUGGUCUUUCAGUCUUAUCAGCUAUAUCUGAUGAAUUAAGAAAAUGUUUCCUGUAUUCAUUAGCAAUUUUGUACAACUCAGGGUUGUAUCUCAUGCUGCGUCUGGCUCUCCAAUACUCUUGUGAUCCAUAAGAAUCAUGUAAUGCAAUUUCCAUGUGAUCAAACAUUACAGACCUGUAUUAAUAAAUUUAAUUACAUCAAA